UAAACCAAAGGGAAUGUGUUAAUUAGUUCGUUUUAUAUUAAGAGAUUGUCACGAUUAAUUCUGAUCACUAUUAAAUAAUCAUACGGUAAGUGCUAAUGCCAUUUUGACUCUCAUCGAGUUUCAGUGUGCUAAAGUUCAGCAUUAGAUCACAUAAUUGUUGAGAUAUCAGAUAGACUUGGACGAAGAUUUUGUAGUUGAUUUUAGACAUUUGAAGAUCUGACCUUUCGAUGAUUCUACAGAUGAUUCUAGACGAUUGAGGAUUUGACCUUUCAAAGGUAGGUAAUGGUAAUAGUGUGGAAGACCCUGACUUUGCAAGGCUUCUGUGUGAACUGAACUCUAAAUGUUAUGCUUGACAGCUAUAAAUGAACAAUACUGUCGAAACCCGAACAGCAACGUGCGACUCUCGCGCGACUAAUGGAACGACGUUAAAAUAAUGGUGGCUACGGGUCGGCAUUCGGCAACAGCUGUUCGGCACGUGUCAUGAUCUAACAGUUCCAAAUGAUUCACUUGCGUCAUGAUCCAACGGUUCAGUAACGACCCUUUUCUCACUAUAAAAAUGUUCCCCAUUUUUUUCGCAUCAUUAGUCUUUACUUAUUUUGUUCUUAAAAUGCCCUUUGAUUGGUGUUUGAAGCUGGGAAAAAAAACCGACUUGGGAAAUGAACCUCUAAAGCACAAAGUAAAAAGCAGAUUUUGGGCAGCAAUCAUUUUUUACUAUACUUCAAAUUUGUUUUUACUUAAUCUCAACUACAAUCUGUCAAUCUGAGAAGCCAAAUUCUUCAUCUGGGAAACAUGGACGAUACUACAUCAGAAGCUACCAAUCCCUGUUCAACCUCAGAGAUGGCAUCUACAUCAAUGUAUAAUCCAUCUAGCCAUACUUAUCAAUGGCACUUUCAGCAGCAAAUGAAUGAGGGAACGGCACAUACUCAAGCAAACCAAUACCAAUUUCUUCAAGGAGAAGCAUUUGAAGCUUCGCUCCAACCAAGACUGGGAGGUCGUAGACGUACACUGAGUGAAGAGGAGAGAAAAGAACGCAGAAGACAGAGUGAUUGGAACUAUAAGCAAAGGAAAAAGAAUAAAGAAAAUGAAAUGAUUAUCCAGAAUAAAUUCUUGCAAGAGGAAAUUGGGCGGUUGAGUACUGAGAAUAGACAAUUAAAAGAGGAAAGUGUACGGUUGAGUAUUGAGAACAGACACUUUAAAGAUGAAAGUGUACGGUUGAGUAUUGAGAACAGAAACUUAAAAGAGGAAACUGGACAGUUGACUCUCGAGAACAAACACUUAGAAGAGCGUAUCAGAGGACUGCAAGGCAAGGGACAACUUCCAGCACAAGUUCUUCAGAGACAAGACAGUUAUGUUUCCCAAUCAAUAAGCCAGGUUGAUCAACCAAGAGUUCAUGUCCAGGACCACUAUGGAAUGGAGCCUAAUAAUGAAGAAGCUGUUUACAGGGAGCACUACUGGAUGGACUCCAACAAUGAAGGAGCUGUUGAUGGGUUUGACGGUUUGGGAAUGGAUGACUUGCUAUGUCUAUUGUGCGCCGAGAAUGGGAUGAUACCAAAUGGAAGAGUUGCUAUCAAUGAGCCUGCUCAUGAACAUGAAGAGUGUUCUCAUAGUGGUUUAUGUCCCGCUGAAAUAGCCAAGACAAAAUUCCUUAUGAAGCUCGAUGAAGAAGUUAUGAGCAAAGUAGACUCCAAUGACUUCACAGGCCUAGAGGGGGAGCCGAGAAAAGUUGGGAGAUACAGUUUCCCGUUGUCUCUGAUUCCGACUGUUGUGAGAAUAAACAAUGUCUAUGGUGAUGUUUCUGCAACAAGUUUAAUAAGUCCCAGUAUUUCUGGGACAAUCUAUUUUCUUUUCUGUGCCACAAUCAGAGAGAUGGAGAAUCUACAACUUGAGGAAGUUACUGAGGAUAAAAUGCUGAAGUGGAGAGAUGUAAUCAAGGAUGCCCUACGCCUUAAUUUCAAUGUGAGAUUUGCCAUGGAACAUUUGAAGAAAAUUGCCUGUGCUUACUUUGGUCUACAAGAGUGCCCACUGCUCCAAGGCCUAGAUGAAAAGAUCUCAAAUUUAGAGGCUGAGGUGAAUGACUGGAAAAAGAAACGUGAUAACAUAUAUCAGGAGUCCAAGAUGUGCAUAGAUGCUGCUAAGAAGUUCAGAGGAGUACCAGUCAGCACAGGUCUAUUUCCUUAGUCUUCUUCCAGCAGAAAUUUGCAUUGCUGAAAUUUCGACUCCAUUCUUACACUUGCUACAGAGAAAUAGCAUCACAUGAAACUGGCAUAUCACUUUACCUGAUAUCUUGCUUCUGCAAAACAAUGACACAAUCUUGCUGUAUCGUAUUCUUGAUUUCUAAAAAUAUAUUUGGCAUUGUUAUCCACUUUAACCCUUAAAUUUUAGAAGCCAACCAAAUAAGAACACAUAUUUUCUACCAUCUCCACCAAAAAUAUCCAUUACCUGCCUCAAAACCACCACUGAUCACCGUCACUACCAUUUACAUCUGUUUGAUAAUAUGCUACUCCAAGUCAGCAGUGAGCUUUCUUUAUCAGCUAUUGAUGCUCAAACUGCUAACUAAACUUUGUUGUUAGUGGCUCAAAUAUUGGAGGUGUGGUCGGCUAGCAGCAUGGAACCAAAAAAGUAAACUUGUUAUACAAGGAUUGAGAGAUCUACAACAUAUUUUGGACUUCAAUUAGAGAAAAAAAAAAAUCAGUGUAUAGUUUGUACACUAUCUUAAUUCUUGUAUUCUUCUCACUUGUUAUGAGUCUCUGAGUAUGUCUCAAAACUGAGACAUUAAUAUUUUAUUUAUUCAUUUUAUAUAUUUAAUAGCGGAUUUCUAGCUUUUUUUUU